CGGAGGCGUUUCUUUUCCUGGCUGAAGUUGACUGAAGUGUCAACAGGACGACAGUGACAGACUUUACUAAAGUUUCUGCCCUGGUAGUCUCCCGGUCCAGACAUGGCCCCCAGCACGCAACUAAAGGAGGCAAUAGCCGAUGUGCACGAGGGGAUCCGUGCCAUCCUGCUUGGACCGCCCGGAGCCGGAAAGGGGACUCAGGCCCCUCGGCUAGCAGAGCAGUACUGUGUUUGCCACCUGGCCACCGGAGACAUGUUGAGGGCCAUGGUGGCUUCGGGCUCAGAGCUCGGCAAGAGGCUCAAGGAGACCAUGGAUUCUGGAAAACUGGUCAGUGAUGAGAUGGUCGUGGAGCUCAUCGAGAAGAACCUGGACACGUCGGCCUGCAGGAAGGGCUUCCUGUUGGACGGAUUUCCCCGCACAGUCAAACAAGCAGAAAUGCUGGACAACUUGCUGGAUAAAAGACACGAGAAGCUGGACUCUGUGAUCGAGUUCGCUGUUGCCGACUCUCUGUUGGUCCGCAGGAUCUGUGGCAGACUAAUUCAUCAGCCAAGUGGCCGCUCAUACCACGAGGAGUUCAACCCCCCCAAAGAGCCCAUGAAGGAUGACGUGACAGGUGAGCCGCUUAUCCGCCGCAGCGACGACAACGAGACGACGCUGCGCUCCCGUCUGGACGCCUACCACCGGCAGACCGUCCCUCUGGUGAAGUACUACAGUGCAAGGGGCCUGCACACAGCCAUUGAUGCUGCACAGGACCCGAACGUCGUCUUCGCCUCCAUCGUAGCUGCCUUCUCCGCUGCCACGGAAACCCCCGCCCGUGCCAUUGCCUGUAAAGACCAAGUGUUCUUCAUUUAAAAACCUUUUUCCUCCUUUCCGUAUCCCCUCCCAAGGGUUUUUUUUUAUCCCUCAAGGGUGAAGAUUUUACAAGAGUUGGUCGAGUGUCACAGUGGCAACAAAAUGUAACUUUGCGAGGUGUAAAUAUGGAAGAUGGGGACUAAAAUGGUAUCAACAGUUCAAGAAAUUCACAAUGUUUCACCAGUUGUAGAAAGAGGAUUUAAAGUUGUAUUGUUGUUACUCUUCGUUAUAAAAUCAAGUCUGAAAGAGAACAAGCCAAUGUAGAACCAAUAACCACAGGAUCAAAAACCACAAAACAGACUUAGCGCUUAGCACUAUGCUGCUGCUUUUGUCUUUCACCUCUAUAGAAAUUAGAUUUAAGGUUUUGACAUUUAGCAGAGCAGAAUGCCAUGCACGUUUUUUGAUUAUUUGUUGUCUACUGCUUGCCUCCGCUGGACAGGUUUGCUCUUGUUUAAUAGAUGACUUUGGCCUUUUCUCUUUCUCAGUGUCUGAUUCUCGUGCACAUACAGUUGAUCUCUGUUUUUCCUUUCAGCUGUAUUUUAGCUGUUACUCAGGCUAUAUCCACACUACUAUGUUUAAGUAGUUUUAAAACGAAAACGAUCUCCGUCCACACUAGCGUUUUAGCGUAUCAGAGUUGAUCUCCGUUUAUAUUAAAAUGCACAUCUAGUGGCCGUUUACGUACGCUGUAAACAGGAAGCGGACUGUCUACUCUGCAGCAAAUGAACAAAGAAUCGCAAUGGCGAAUAACCACACCAGAGAUUUUAUUUUUUUUGCACAUGCACAUUACAAAAUAUUUUAAUAAAAAUACCAAAACAAAAACACUGUUGACUGUGCUUGACUAAUAAGUCUCAAUCAGGAAGCCAAACUUGAGCUUCUGUGUCAGCAUUUUUAAAGUCCUCUGUUUUCACCUGUCUGCACUAAAACGCUACGAGUUUUAAAACGAAAAUGGGGUCAGCAGCGUUUUCAAAUUGGUCACCAGUGUCGGAUUCGGUUUUAGUCUGGACAGCAGGUGUAAACGUAGAAAAAGGUCUGCAUUUUAAAACAAAACGUAGUAGUGUGGAUGUAGCCUCAGUCAGUCCCUCCAGGAUUUUGCAGGCCUUUUUUGUGAUUGUUGCAGCCUAAAAUGCCAGAUUUUGCAACAGCUGAAAAAAAAAAUUGCAAUGAAAGUACCGAUGUUUUGGGGCGUGGUUUUUUUUUUUUUUUUUCUCUCUCGAUAUAAUUGUGGAAAUAAGUGAAAACUGUAAAGGUAGAUGUAAUUAUUUUUUUUUGAAUGCAACAGCCUGUGUGACAGUGAUGUGUCUUGCCUGAUGACCGCCAUGCCUUUCUGACACUCUGUGUGUCAAUAGACGAUUUCCUUUUAUGUUCGACCAAAAAACUACACGUUUUGCUAAACAAUUUACCCCGGCUUUGUUAAAGAAGAUCUGGAUACGUU